UCGAAUGCUCCUUCCUUCCCUCCCUUCAGGCCAGGUUUCCGGAAGGGAGUCUGGCUUUUGUGCGCCAUUGAGGGAAGAGGGCGGCCACGAUGGAGGAGCGGGUGAGAAAAGGUAACAGCCAUUUUUCUACCUGCGGUGGCAUCUCAAUUGGAAAGGCUGCGCUGAAUGGAAAAUGUGGGUCCCUGACAUCGCCUUGUAAGGGCCCUUGUACUGAGUGCAUGACAGAUCCAACGAUAAGAGGUACGCUGAUGGUACAGUCUGAGGAUGAAGAUGGGGGCAGUCAACCCCCCACAGUAGUCCAUUUUGGGGGUCCGGAGGGAACUAUCAAAUACUGUGGAAAUUGCCCCGUAGUGAAGGAAGAACCUGAAGAAGCCACGGCCCAGCAAUGGGAAACGAAAUGGCAGGAGUUUCUGACUUCAGUGGAGGAUUCUUCUUCCCUGCCGGAAACCCCCCACUUUCCGCAGGAGCCGGCCCCCUGGGAUGACACCCCGGCCUUCCUGGCCUCCUUUGAACAAGUGGCCAAAGCCUCUCAGUGGCCCGAGGAAGAGUGGGCAAGCCGCCUCCUCCCGACUCUCAAGGGGGAAGCCGAGCUGGCCUUCAGCAGCCUGGAGGAUGAAGAAAGAGAGGAUUAUCGGAAAGUGAAGGCGGCCAUCCUGAGAGGAGACACCCUGAACCAAGAGAAGAGCCGCCAGUGCUUCCGGCGUUUCUGCUACCAGCAAGCGGAUGGGCCGAGGGGCGCUUACAACCAGCUCCAGGAGUUUUGCCGGCAGUGGCUGAAGGCCGAGAGAAACUCCAAGGAGCAGAUCCUGGAGCUGCUGAUCCUGGAGCAGUUCCUGACCGUUCUGCCCCCGGAAAUCCGGGGCUGGGUCAAAAAACAUCACCUGGAGAGUGGUGCCCAGGCCGUUUCCCUGGCAGAGGAUUACUUGGUGUGUUGGAAGGCUGCGGUGAAAGAAGAGCAGACAUCCGAGUCCCAAGUAGAAGGAUCCCCUCAUUUGUCACAGCUGGAGAAAACCCCGUCGGACGCUGGACAGAGAUUACCGCCAUCCUGGGAAUCCGAGAUGGAGGAAGACACAGACCUCUCUGAUACUGACUGGUCGGAUGGUGGGAUUUCGAAACAAAUGGAGUUGCAAGGUGUGUCUCCAGAAAAAGGCGAUGGGUUUUCUCCCCAGGAAGAAGUCUCUCAGAGCUGGGAUGGAGAGGAAAGCAAGAAGGGCAGCAUGAAAGCUAACCAAGCUGGAGUCAAUCAGCAAACACCCAAGAGACAGAGCUGUUGUUAUGUAUGUGGGAAGACUCACAACUUGCCACUUCACUUGUAUAAAAGAGCCCACAAAAGGGGGAAACUGUACAGAUGCUCCCAGUGUCAGAAAGGCUCAGUGCCCCUUCAGCAGUCUAGUUCAUCAGGGAAGCUCCUCAAAUGUUUGGUGUGUGAGAAGGUUUUCAAUAACAAGAAGAACCUCAAAAAGCACCAGAAGGCUCAUAGAGGAGCUAAACCGAAUAUUGGUUCUGGAGUCAGCUUCAUGACAAAAUCUUCACAUCAGAAAAACCACGGGGACAGCAAAUUAUCUCUGCCGCCCCCUGAAAUAACGGUGUAUUUGUGCGGUAUUUGUGAGGCAAGCUUCAACAGCGCCUUGGAUCUUGAUGCACACCAGAGAAUCCACAGAGGACAAAAUCAUUCUGAGCAUGGAAAAAAUUCCAGUCAAGAGACAGACCUGAGAAAGCAUCCGGAAACACACUCUCUGGACAAGCCCUUUGAAUGCACCGACUGUGGAAAACGUUUUGUAUGGAUGACAUCGUGUAAUAAACAUCGGAAGAUGCAUUGUAGUAAAAAGACCAACACCGGCGCUCUGCUUUCAGAUAUAAGUAUCCAAAAAGAAGUGAGAAAAAAUUCCUUCCCUAGCCCAGGGAAAGUUAAAGAUAUCCACAAGGGAGAAAAAACCCAUCAAUGCACUUUCUGCAAAGAGAGGUUCAUGGACAGUUUGACACUUGAAGAACAUAAAAAGAAGAUCCAUAAGGGAAAGAACUCGGCACCUCUUCUCCAAUCACAUAUAAGUCAGGAUGGGCGUGUCCACACUGGAGAAAGACCGAGUGGGUCUGUUGAUAUUGGGGAGAGUUUCAUGUUGAGUUUGUCCUUCGAAAGUCAAAAACCAAACCAUGAGAAAAAGAAACAAGGACGUCUUCUGAAAAACCUAUCAGAUGAUCCGCUCAAGCGGCACAUGUGCUUAGAGUGUGGAAGAAAGUUUGACCGGCCCUCACGCUUAAAGAAGCACCAAUUCAUCCAUACGGGAGAGAGACCCUAUCAGUGCACUGACUGUGGAGAAAAGUUCCUUUGGAGUUCAUCACUUGAUGUUCACAGAAAGAAGUUCCAUAAACAAAAUAAAAUGUCUAAUAAGGGCAAAUCCUGUGUGUGUUCUGAGUGUGGGAAGACAUUCAGCGGGCCAACCUAUCUGGCCCAGCACCAGCGUGUCCACACCAGAGAGAAACCCGAUCAAGAUGACGACCCUGGAGAAAGUCUCACGGGGGGUUCAUCACUUGAUUUGCACAGUACGAAGGCCCAUGAUGGGAAGAAACCGGUUCCUCCUUUCUCCAAAGUGAGCCACAAGGGCAAGAAAUCCUUUGCAUGUAACAUAUGCGGGAAGAAGUUCACUCAGGCAUCCAACAUAAGUAAGCACCAACGCCUCCACACAGGCGAGCAACCCCAUCAGUGCACUGACUGUGGGGAGCGAUUCAUGUGGAGCUCGUCACUUAACGCUCACAGAAGGAAUAUCCAUGAUCAAACAAAAGUAUCUGCUAAGAAGUCGAAAUCUUGUGAGUGUCCUGAGUGUGGGAGGGCAUUCAGUGGGCCAACCUAUCUGGCCCAGCACCAGCAGGUCCACCUCAGACAAAAACCCGAUCAAGAUGUCGACCCUGGAGAUGGGGGUUCGUCACUUAAUUCCACUACAUGUCCCACAUGCGGAAAAAACUUCAAUCAGGCAUCUGACCUAAAAAAGCACCAACGCAUCCACACGGGCGAGAAACCCUAUCAAUGUACUGAUUGCGGGGAGCAAUUCAUGUGGAAUCGGUCCUUUGGUUUGCAUAGAAAGAACUUCCAUAAGGGGAAGAAACUGGUCCCUGUUUUGCAAAGAAUAGCUCUCCUUCCAGGAGAAUUCCUUCUAUGGUCUGAGCUGGAGAAAAAAACCAACCAGGGAAAACGCAUAACAAGAAAUCCAGAGGGGUGCAUCAAAGAGAAACCAUAUAAACACACCGACUCUGAGGAGAGUUUGAUAUCGCUUUCGUCUCUGAGAAAGGGCGAUGAGAGAAAGAAAGCAGAGCUGUCCCUUCUAAGGAGCCCUAAUGGGAAGAAGGAAGCCCACACGUGUUCUAAAUGCAAGAAGAGUUUUGAGUGGGCCUCGCAACUGCGGCGACACCUGUGUGUCCACAGCGGAAAUAUGCCCUUUCAGUGCCCUGACUGUGAGGAGUGUUUUGCGUUGAGGUCAUCGCUUGAGAGCCACAGAAUGAAGGCUCAUACUGGAAAUAAGCCCCAUGCCUGUUCAGAGUGUGGGAAAAGCUUUGAUUAUCCAUCACAACUGAAAAAACACCAAAAAACCCACGCCAGAGAGAAAUCCGAUCCGUCUGCUAAUAGUGAAGAGACGUCCGAAGAGUCCAAUACUGGGAAAGCAGGAGGCGCCGAUAAGCAGGAGGCAAAAUAUGCAUGUGACGAGUGUGGGAAAAGCUACAACAAAGUUGCAAAACUAAAAAUGCACAGCCGCCUCCACUCUGGAGAUAAACCAUAUCAAUGCUCUGAAUGUGGGGAAAGAUUCAUGUGGCAUUCAGGACUUUAUCGACAUGCAAUGAAGAGUCAUAAAAGAACACAACAGCCACUUAUGCAAAGGGGGUCAGCUGAUGAGAAGGAACCCCACAAAGGUUCCAGGUCUGAAAAACUCAUCGAAGGGAAAUCGUAUCUACUAAAGCAGCUGGGCAUAUAUGACCAGGAGAAAACCCAUCGUUGCUCUGAGUGUGGAAAAUGUUUCUGGAAGGAAGUGAAUCUUACAAGACACCGACAAAACCACCUCAGGGCAAAGAUGUGCAAAUACGAAUACCAAAAGAGUUCCAUUGUUAAGGAAAAUCUUGAGAAAGAUGAGAGCCCUCACUCUGUGCAGAUGCCUGAAGAGAAGCCUCUACAACCCUUGAGUCACCAGGAUGAAAGCGAGCAGAUGUCCGAAGAGGAGUCUCUACAACCCUUGAGGCACCUGGAGGACGGUGAGCAGAUGCCCAAAGAGAAGUCUCUACAACCCUUAAGUCACAUGGAUGAAAGCGAGCAGAUGUCUGAAGAGGAGUCUCUACAACCCUUGAGGCACCUGGAUGAUGGUGAGCAGAUGUCCAAAGAGAAGUCUCUACAUCCUUUGAGUCACCUGGAUGAUGGUGAGCAGAUGUCCAAAGAGAAGUCUCUACAACCCUUGACGCGCCUGGAUGAAAGCGAGCAGAUGUCCGAAGAGAAGAUUCUACAACUCUUGAGUCACCUGGAUGAAGGCGAGCAGAUGUCUGAAGAGAAGUCUCUACCACCCUUGAGUCACCUGGAUGAAAGCGAGCAGAUGUCUGAAGAGAAAAUUCUACAACUCUUGAGUCACCUGGAUGAAAGGAAGCAGAUGUCUGGAGAGAAGUCUCUACCACCCUUGAGUCACCUGGAUGAUGGUGAGCAGAUGUCUGAAGAGAAAAUUUUACAACUCUUGAGUCACUUGGAUGAAAGCGGGACAUGGCGUCGCUCUCAUAAGACGCGCAAUCCCUUGAUGCGUAUGCCUCCUGUGGCUGUAAAAAGAGGGCCUCCACAUGAAACGCUCUCCACAGCUUCCACACUGGUAGGGUUCCUCUCCCGUGUGGACGUGCUGGUGCGCGUUGAGAGACAAUCCUUGCUGGAGUACAAAAUCCUCCGCCAGGGAAACGGCCUGAGCGCUGCUCUCCAAGUGAUGUUUCUUGACCCAGCCCCGGAUUUCUGGGGGCAGAACGGUCAGGAACUGCUCCAGGAUCAGCAGCUCCAGGAUCUGCUCCUUGGAGUUUCUUUCGGCCUUCAGCCACUUCCGGCAAAACUCCUGGAGCUGGUUGUAAGUGCCCCUCGGCCCGUCCGCUUGCUGGUAGCAGAAACGCCGGAAGCACUGGCGGCUCUUCUCUUGGUUCAGGGUGUCUCCUCUCAGGAUGGCCGCCUUCACUUUCCGAUAAUCCUCUCUUUCCUCAUCCUCCAGGCUGCUGAAGGCCAGCUCGGCUUCCCCCUUGAGAGUCGGGAGGAGGCGGCUUGCCCACUCUUCCUCGGGCCACUGAGAGGCUUUGGCCACUUGUUCAAAGGAGGCCAGGAAGGCCGGGGUGUCAUCCCAGGGGGCUGGCUCCUGUGGAAAGUGGGGGGCCUCCGGAUGAAAAUGGAGACUCGAGAAGACAUUCGAAGUCUUAUACCAGGGCAGGUGUCACGGGAAGUGAGAGGGAGCUGCCAUUUUGGUAGGAUGGAGGCAUUCCUGCAAAGGAGACCAACAGAAGUGAAACAGGAACUCGACAAAGAUUCGCUUCAGCAGUGGGAAACCCAAUGGCAGGAGUUCUUAAAAAGCGUGGAAGGUCCUCACCCAAAUUGGGGGGCCUCUCGGUCGAGGGAGGAGCCGUGGGACGAUGCCAAAGCCUUCCUGGCCUCCUUUGAGCAAGUGGCCCAAGCCUGCCGGUGGCCCAAGGAAGAGUGGGUGCCCCGGCUCCUGCCAGCAUUGAGCGGAGAGGCCAAGCAGGCCUUCACCGGCUUGGAGGUUGAAAGCAGGGAGGAUUAUGGGAAAGUGAAGGCCGCCAUCUUGCAUGGGGAUACCAUGCGUCGGGAGGAGCAACGGAUAUGUUUCCGGCGUUUCCGCUACCGGGAGUCCGAGGGGCCAAGAGGGGCUUAUGGCCAGCUUCAGGAACUGUGUUGCCGGUGGCUGAAAGCUGAAAGGCAUUCGAAGGAGCAGAUCCUGGAGCUCCUAAUCUUGGAGCAGUUCUUGGCUGUCCUGCCUCCAGAGAUAGUGGCCUGGGUCAAGGAAUGUGGUCCAGAGACUUGCUCCCAGGCGGUGGCCUUGGCGGAGGACUUCCUCCAGAAGCAGGGAGAGGCCAGGAAGCAGGCAAACCAGGUGCAAUCUGACGGAGAGGAGACGGUGGAUUCCCCUGAAGGUGACCAAGUCCUGUCUGAGAUGGAGCAGAAGAAGAUUAGUGUGGAGACCAAACAGGAAGAUGACGGCAGGGAUGCUGGACCCUUGGGUGAUGAAUGGAAAGGUGAGAAUGAGGGGCAAUUGUGUGAGGAUUCCUCAGAAAGAAUAGAGUGUGAAGCAAUGAAGGGAAAUGUUUGGAGUCAAGAUGGGCCAGCAAGCAAAGAUGGAAAUCACACGGAAGAGGUGGAAGCCAAAUCCUUCCCAUUUCAGGUGGGAGACUUCAACGAAAUCUCAGUCCAACAAGAAAAAGAAAAGAAGGAGAUUGCUUUCCCCAGUGUCAACUGGAGAAUUCACCCUGAGGAUGAACCAGAUUUAAUGUUUGCAAAGAACUUCAGUCAGAGAGGAAACCUCACUGAAUGUGAAACUCUUUAUGAAGGGACGAGUUCGUACCUAUACCUGAAUCGAAGUAUUUCUGCAGAUGAGAGACAGCAUGCAUGUUCAGAUCUGGGCAAGAUGAAGGAUCUAAGGGUCCAAAAAGGGGAGAAGCUGUAUAAAUGUUUGGAGUGUGGGAAAUGCUUUGGUCGGAGUGCACACCUGACUUCACAUCAGAUAAUUCACACCGGGGAGAAGCCAUAUCAGUGCUUGGAGUGUGGGAAAAGUUUCGUCCAGAGCGCCCACCUCACAUCACACCAAAUCAUCCACACGGGAGAGAAGCCGUACCAAUGCUCCGAAUGUGGGAAAAGCUUCAACAAGAGCACCAACUUCCUUCGGCAUCAGAAGAUCCACAAAGGAGAGAAACCACACCGCUGUCCGGAUUGCAGCAAAAGCUUUGCGGACAAGCCGAGCCUCAUUCAACACCAAAGAGUGCACACGGGGGAGAAACCCUAUAAAUGUACAGAGUGUGGGAAGAGUUUCAGCCACCGAGGAAGCCUUAACGCCCAUCAACGGAUGCACACAGGGGAGAGGCCGUAUACUUGCUCUGAAUGUGGCAAGAGCUUCCGUGACCAGUCAAGUCUUAUCAGACAUAAAAGAAUUCACACCGGAGAGAAACCGUACACCUGUUCAGAGUGCGGGAAGAGCUUCAGUCAAAGUACCAAUCUGACUUUACAUCAGAGAAUCCACGCCGAGGGAAAGCUGUCACAUGGACCUCAGCAUGUGCUGGAUGCCGGCAUGGCUGUGUUAGUCUAUUCACCCAAUCCAACAAACAGUCUAAUGACAUCUUAAAAAUAAAUAUACCCUGUAUACUUAUGAAUAAGUCUAGAAAUACUAGUCAAAAAAUCAGACCAAAUAUCCUGGAUUGACUUAUCUAUCCACAGGUCAGUGUAAGUCAGUGUUUCUCAACCUGGGGGUCAGGACCCCAAGAGGGGGAGGUUUCAGAGGGGUUGGCAAAGGCCACCAGAAAAAAUAUAUUUCUGACGGUCUUAGGAACCAUUAAUAUAAUACAUUAUAUUAAUCUUGUAAGCCACUGUGAGUCCCCUUUGGGUGAGAAGGGCAGCAUAUAAAUGCCGUAAAUAAAUCUAUAUAAAUAAAAA